AUGCUGGUGUUGGAUGGCUACGAUGUUGUUGAAACAAAAUAUCUUGGCGGCAUGCAAAUUAUUGUCAAGUUCAAGUCUGAAAAAGCGGAUGAAAUUUUCAAAGCAAACAAACGUUUAUGGCUCAAAUGGUUCAACAGGACUGAUUUCCUUGGAGAUAAGAGUGUUCGUUUUGAAAGGAUUACAUGGAUAAAAAUCACUAGUCUCCUGUUUCUUGCUUGGGACGAAUCAAACUUUGCUGCUAUUGCAAGGAACUUUGGAAAGGCGGAAGGGGAAGAGUCGCAGUUUCAUGCUGAGAAUCUCGAAACGGCGCAUGGGGAUAUGGGUGCAUGUGGUCUUGGUAUUUCGGCGGGGAUUAAUUCUAAAGAAAAGAUUAAUAGUGUUUGUGAAUCCCUAGGUGGUCCCACUGUUAUUGUUCCUGGAUCAAAUAAUCCCCACGAUGCAUGUCUCGGGAAUGAUGGAUCCUCUAAUGGUGGGCACGGUAUUCCCGAACACAUUUAUAGCCCAAUAUCAAACUUUAAUGCUAGCAACCUAGAGUUUGAGCCUGGUGACUCGGCUGUUAAGAGACAUCGCACCUAA